AUGGCGAAGCUCACCGUCGACAAUUUAUCACCGUGGACACUGGACGUGCCGAUAGAAAUGCUUCCUCGGACUUUUCUAGAUGCCGCUCAAGUAGCUAAGCGUCUUGGAAUCAAUUACCUCUGGGUCGAUUGUCUUUGCAUCAUCCAAGAGGGCGACAAGCUUGAGGAUUGGAAGAAAGAGGCUCCAACGAUGCAGGAUGUAUAUUCAAAUGCAUGUUUCAACAUUUGUGCUUCGUGGGGACUUGAAAUAGGCGGGUUAUUUGCGACAAGAGACCCAGCCAAAGUGGAACGUGUGUCUUUCGAGAUAUGGUCCAAAGCUGGGCAGAAGAAGGACUUUCUUCUGGUGUCGACUGAAGAGGGCGAUAGGACCUGGGAGGAGCUGGUUGAGCAUUCUCCCUUGGCUAGCCGCGGUUGGGUAUUUCAAGAGCGGUUGCUCACUCCUAGGAACAUCUUCUUCUGCAAGGGAACUGUUCUAUACGAGUGUUAUGAGCAACGCUGGAGCGAAUCCAGGGGGAAAGGCGCCAUACAUUUGAACCCAAGUUUGCACCGCGAUUCCGCCAUUGACAAUAUUACCUCAUUACCCAACAUUAAGACAUUGCUGCCGACCAGUAGGCUCGCCAGCGGUGGAGAUAUGUACCAGACCUGGUACACCUUGGUGGAGAAGUCCUCGGGCACAGAGCUUACCUUCACCGAGGACAGGCUUGCAGCCGUAGCAGGCAUCGCUCAGCGGUUCAGCACGCUUCUCAAAAACGAUUUAUACGUAGCAGGAUUAUGGCUCAGUCGCCUAUUUCUCGAUAUGCUUUGGAAACACGUGGAAAUCACGCCUGAUCCUGAGCUGCAUAAUGCCUCCCCAAGGCCAACGCAGCUGACGUUCUCAUGGAUCUCCGGCUACCAGGUUAGAAUAAGGGAAAAUGACCUGGAAGGGGAGGAGCCGGACGAGAAGUUUAUCUUGCCACAGAUCACGUAUGUCAAAUGGCGUACUAGUAAGGACACGGGCGCUAAAGAGCAUUUAUUCAGUGAAGAUAUCAUCAUGCUUCCAUCAACGCCGAUCAUCGAGAUCAUGGUUCGGGGUGUUUUGAAGCGGAUGAUACUUCGAAGAGGUCCCCAAAUGUUUCAUGUGUUUCCUGUUGGUCCUAUUGGGGUUGCUAAGCCGAGAAAGAACCUGAAGGCUCUGAAGAGACGUGAAGAAGACUCGGAAGCUCGGCAAAGCCUAUUUGUCUCGGCCGGGCUCGAUUUUGCAGCGACCGAAGCAGACAUCUCAGCCCUGAACGACUCAGGAAAACUGUUCUAUAUGCCUUGGUACGACAAUGUUGACCGAGACGAGACAGCUAUGGUCUUUCUAACACUUACUGUUUGCUACUCGAACUUGUGUGUGGCAAGAUGGGGAGAUUCCGGCGGAUAG